GCCUGGCCUGCUGAGGCUGUAGGGCCAAUUUUCCUGUGGUAGCAUGGCAGUCAGGACCAUGACCAGCUUCCACCCUUCUGGCAUCACAUAAGCCAGCCCCCAUGGCUGCAAAGUGUGCCACAGCUUAACCCCCUUCUGUGAUGAGCUCGAAGGACUCCAAGAAGUGCUCCCAGUGUAAGAAGAAGAGUAGAACCAAGGUCCAGGAAAAAUUUGCCAGGAAGUUUCCGUACAGGUUCUCUUGGCUGACGGAGCACAACGUGGAGUUCCUGAAGCCCUGGGAGGUCACGAAGAUGACCACCUCACUGCGGGAUCAACUGCCCCUGCAGAAGAUGUUGGUGGCAACGAGAUCCAUUCCAGUCAGAGGGCUUGGGGCCCCAGACUGUAUAUCACCGUCUAGCUUCAGCCCCCUGCCGCCGCCGUCUCCACUGAGCAAACUUUGGGAACUCAAGAUACUGAGCCUCCGCUUCCCCCGGCUGGGCGCCCCUGCUUCCCCCACCGGCGCCCGGGCUGCCCGGCCCUCUGCAGGCCCCUCCUAGAGCCCAGCUCCGUGCGGCCUCCCCCUCGGCCACCUGCCCCUGGCGCUCCGGGCAGUGGCCACAGAGCACGGCCUUCCGGACGGACGUGAACUCUAUUGAGGGGAACAGCCUUGAAGGGGGCCACUCAUCUCCUCGGAACCCACACCAUGUGAAUAAACUUCGCAGGUUCAAAUCCUA